CCUCCGACGUUCCAUCGCUCACGCCUCGAUCGACAUUCGUAGUCCGCCUUGGAUGUCCGCAGUCCGCCUCCAGUUUUUAACCAACUUGCGUAUUCUGAGAUCCCCGAAAGCGAGGGCCGACCAACCUACCACUACCACUGCCUUGCUUUCAGCGAAGACUUUCUCAUCAGUUCUUUAUACACUCGCGCCCCGGGGGGGUUUGUUUGCGGGAGCUGGCGGAUUCUCGCGAUUUUUAUACUCCAGUUGUACGCAGUUGGGCGUCCAAUUCUUCGAUCGCCUUCUCCAUCCAUCGAGUUCCAGGCUCUCGGCAUGGUUUCGUGAGUCCUAAGCGACGACGUAAUACAGGAUCAGUUUCCGAUGGCAUUGAGGCAGCAGCAGCAGCAGCUGCUGGUGGUGGUGGUCGUGGCGGCCGUCGUCGUCGCGAGCUGCCGGCCGGGCCGCGCGGACCCGGCCGCGAUGAGCGUGCUGCCGGGCCUCCCCGUCGCCGGCCUCGCGGUGGGGUUCUACAACGAGUCGUGCCCGCAGGUCGAGGACCUGGUGCUCGCCGAGAUGCAGAGCCUCGUCGGCAAGGACAAGACCAUCGGGCCGGCGCUGCUGCGGUUCAUGUUCCACGACUGCCUCGUCCGGGGCUGCGACGCGUCGAUCAUGCUCAUCUCCCGGAACAAGACCGGGGAGCGGGACGCCAUCCCGAGCUACGGCCUCCGCGGCUACGACGAGAUCGAGCACAUCAAGGCCAAGGUGGAGGACGCGUGCCCGCUGACCGUGUCGUGCGCGGACAUCAUCAUCAUGGCGGCCCGGGACGCCGUGUACCUGAGCAACGGGCCGCGGUAUGCUGUGGAGACCGGCCGCCGCGACGGCAAGGUGUCGUUGGACUGCGACGCCAACAACGACCUCCCGCCGCCGUCCUCCGCAAUCGUCGACCUCAAGACCUACUUCAGCUUCAAGGGAUUGGGCUGGAAGGACCUGGUGGUGCUGUCAGGAAGCCACACGAUCGGGAGGGCGCAGUGCUCGACGUUCGCGUCGGACAGGCUGUACAACUACAGCGGGCGCGUGGCGCAGGACCCGUCGCUGAACAAGACGUACGCGGCGCACCUGCGGGAGCUGUGCGAGCCGGGCGUCGCCAACGACGCCGCCAUGGUGGAGAUGGACCCGAGCAGCCCCUACACGUUCGACCUGAGCUACUACCGCGCCGUGCGCGGCAACACGGGGCUCUUCACGUCGGACCAGGCCCUCCUCGACGACCCGUGGACCAGGGCGUACGUGGAGCGGAUGGCCGCCGCGGGGGCGUCCACCGACGAGUUCUUCGCCGACUACGCGGCCGCCAUGACCAACAUGGGCCGGAUCGAGGUGCUCACGGGGGACAACGGGGAGAUCAGGAAGGUCUGCGCCGCGCACGUUGACUAGAACUGUAGAAGACAAGGCUAGGCUAGGCGAUUGAUUGGAUUAAUAUGCUGGGCGGUGCCGUUGUUGAGCUGGUCUUGUCGUGCAAGUGCAAGUGCGAGUGGCGAUGGAUCGUCGUCAGUCGUCACGUCACGUGGCGACGACGGCAACGUGGGAGCCAAAGCCAACCAGGAUGCAGUUAUGGUAUUCUCCUUCUGUUUGGGUUGGGGGGGGGGGGGGGGGGGGGGGGUGUAGUUAGAGAAUUGACGUCGCCAAGGCGGAUUGCAUUAUUUUUCGCCGCUGGCGCCGAAUGUGAAAUUGACUUGUUGCGGAAAAAAUAACUGUACUGUACUUGUAGAUUUGUAAAGUACAGUAUAAAGUAAAAGUAAAAGCUCAUCUGAUUUGUUUCUUCAA